AAUGAAGAAAGCUGUUUUUCUUUUCUCCGAUUUAUUGAUGUCUCUCCAGCAGAAAUGGCAAACCUCAUGAAUCAGGGACAUUUAGCCAGGUGGUUAGCUCUUUUCCUGUCUCUGAAGGCAUCCUACAGGCUCCAUCACAUGCGCUCCUGGGCGGAGAGCGAAGGGGAGAAACAGCAGGGGUCAUGCUGUCUGAGGAACAGGGAUUUCCUGCUUGAUGUAAAUUUCCCGCUGUCUUUCCCUAACUUGCACAGCUGCACUUUGCUGCAGAACCUUGUGUUCAGUAGCCACUGUAAAGCAGUUACUGGCUAUACAGAUCAUGUCAUACACCGAAGGAGAUCAGCUACCUCAUGUGUACGGUGCUGCCAGGUGACUGAGCUGCCGUCCUUCCUGUGCAUGGCUAGCCCACGGGUAACAGCUGUGCCGCUGGAGUUCUACUGCAAUGACCGAAGCGCAGAAUACGAGCGCAGGGCACUAAGGGAAGGAGGAAGUCUCCAAGCAAAGCAGUGUGUGCUCCAUGGAGCCCCCGAGCUGGCAGCUGAGUGGCUGAAGCAAUGCUCCCAGUUCUUCCCAGAGUAUCCAGGAGGGCUGUUAGGGAUCAGGCCUCAGAACGGCUGGUCUUUUAUCAGGAUACCAGACAAAGAGAGUCUGAUCACUGACAGUGGAAAACUUCAUGCUCUUGAUCUUCUGUUGACACGGCUGAAAUCUCAAGGACACAGAGUUCUCAUCUACUCCCAGAUGACACGGAUGAUUGACUUACUUGAGGAGUACAUGGUUUAUAGGAAACAUACCUACAUGAGAUUGGAUGGUUCUUCAAAGAUUUCUGAACGAAGGGACAUGGUAGCAGAUUUUCAGAACAGGAAUGAUAUCUUUGUGUUCCUGUUAAGCACAAGAGCUGGAGGCUUGGGCAUUAACCUUACAGCUGCAGAUACGGUAAUUUUCUAUGACAGUGACUGGAACCCAACAGUAGAUCAGCAAGCCAUGGACCGGGCACACAGGCUGGGGCAAACAAAACAAGUCACCGUGUACAGAUUGAUAUGUAAAGGCACCAUUGAGGAGCGCAUCCUACAAAGGGCUAAGGAAAAGAGUGAGAUCCAACGAAUGGUCAUCUCAGGUGGCAAUUUCAAACCUGACACCCUGAAGCCAAAAGAGGUGGUCAGCCUUCUGCUGGAUGAUGAGGAGCUAGAAAAGAAAUUGCGUCAGCGUCAAGAAGAGAAACGACAGCAAGAAGAAACAAAUCGUGUGAAGGAACGUAAACGUAAAAGGGAAAAAUAUGCUGAAAAGAAGAAGAAGGAAGAUGAAUUGGAUGGGAAGAGAAAGAAAGAAGGCAUGAACCUUGUGAUCCCGUUUGUUCCCUCAGCCGAUAACUCCAACCUGUCUGCUGAUGGGGAUGACUCCUUCAUUAGUGUAGACUCUGCCAUGCCCAGCCCUUUCAGCGAGAUAUCCAUCAGCAGUGAGUUACACAUGGGCUCUAUCCCUCCCGAUGAGAGCAGCAGUGAUAUGCUUGUGAUUGUGGAUGAUCCAGCUUCUUCAGCACCUCAGUCAAGGGCAACCAACUCUCCUGCUUCCAUUACUGGCUCGGUUUCAGAUACCAUGAAUGGUGUUUCAAUGCAAGAUACACCUCUCACUGGGAGAGGCCAGUCGGGUCGAAGCCGGGGUCGUCCUAAAGGUUCUGGCAGUGGAUCAAAAGGUGGCACCGGGAAAGGCAGGAGCCGGAAAUCCAUCGCGGGAAGCGCGGCUGCCAUGGCAGGAGCCAAAGCAGGGGCAGCGGCGGCUUCCGCAGCGGCGUACGCAGCCUACGGGUACAACGUCUCCAAAGGCAUGUCUGCAAGUAGCCCUCUCCAAACAGCGAUUAUUCGGCCUUCUGGACUUGCAGAUUUUGGACCUUCAAGCGCCUCCUCUCCCUUGAGCUCCCCUUUGAGCAAAGGAAACAGUAUCUGUGGGACCUCCAAAAGCUUAAACCUGACCAGCAGUCUCAUAUCAGAAACUCCAAUUCGGAAGCAAAGCAAAGGUGCCCACGCCUCAGGUGGUCGGUAGUAAUUUUGAACCCCCCAGAGCUUGUCUGAACUGCGUUGGCUUUCAGAGCAGGCCACCCUGCCUACUGGUGGGAGGCAAACGAACGAACGCCUUGUUGCUGUCCAGCAAGUGUGUGAAAAUAAAGAUCAAAGCACAAUGGGAGUGGGCGGAUUAUGCGAGCACUUUGAUUAUGUGUAUUCCAAAAAAACUAUCUUUGCAGAUACUUUGAGAAGGAGGGAAGGGAGUCUGGGGUGACUGGUAGAGUGUCAGCUUGUGGUUUGUUGACGCACCUGACAAAGAUUACCAAGAAAGCAUCCAGCUACUCCAUGCAAUAUCCUGCAGCUGUGUGUGCAUGAAGUCACACCGAUGUAUUUUCUCUCCUGUAGCUUGAGGUGGAACCCAGCGUUAGUUUUAUCCUACGAAAUCAUUUAUCUGAACCCCAGGAGUAUCCUGUAGAGUCAGAAGACAUUUCCGUGCUGGCAGCUGGUCGGUGUACACGCGGUGGUAGUUGGGGGCUAAGCUGAAAAUGUUGUGUGAUCAAAAAAAAAAAACCAACAAAUAAUCUUGGAUUCUUCUAGUGUGGGCCUCUGGGUUCUUUAAAGGUUUGAAAGGCAAAGGAAGGUGUCUCAGGUGGCUUCCAGGGAAUGGAUUCUUUUCAGCAGCAUCUGUCAGGAGCAGGUGCAGAAUGCUGGCAUGUCCAGUGAGAGCAGCAGCACUGCCUCUGUCCCACAGUGCUUUGGUUUGUAUUUCAGAGUUCUCAGCAGUGUGAACACUCACCGUGUGAGAAUUACCUUCUCACUUUUAAGGUGUGCAGAACUCCUAAGAGCUUAGAAACAAAAUAAGGCCCUAUUUGUACAAACCUUGAGAGGAAGGAAGAGUUUGGUGCUGCUCCUCUCACUGUGCCAGAGCAGAGUGCGGUUCUGCAGCUUGCAGGGCUGCGAGGGGAGCAACAAAAAACAACAGUCCUGAGAGAGAGGCAACUGUGCCAUUCCCCCUUCCAGCCAAAUCCUAGGUAAAAAAAUUGUCUCGUAUCCCAGCCAUCCAUUGACUGUUCUUCCAGUGUGUUUUCCCUCCAUCUCUGUGACUGUCCCACGUACUGGCUUGGUUGAGUUCACUGCGGUGUGCGGUACCAGCAGCUGUGUCCCACGAGGCUGACGAGAGAAGGCGGCGCUGCCAGUGCCCAUCUGUGUUCCCAUUCUCUGGUUGCUCCUUCCCUGUUCUCGAUGCACAACUUUCCCCCCUCACCCCACCCCGAAGCCCCCUCGCUUUGCUGUAAGCAUUGUCUGCAUUGCACUGAGAUUUAGGUGUGGGGCAGUUCUUCUGUCUGACACGUUGAAUGAAAAGGCUGUUCUGCCGGGGCACUUUCAUCCUUUGAGAGAGAAGCAAGUUGAGUUGCAGGCCUGGGCUGUGACAGCGGAAAAUGACUUUUUUUAUUAUUAUUAUUUUAAUUUUUUUCCAACCCCAAAUCCUUUGCCUGGCGUCCUACAGUGUGGAGCGAGUGCUUCCUGUUGGCUCUGCCUCUAAUUUGCACACCUGAAAAUAGCAGAACUGAGCUUAGUUAGAUUGAUUUUUAAACAGAUUCGCAGGGGAUAAUUGAGGGGGAGGUGGUGUUUAAUUAGCUCAUGAAGACUUCCCCCAUCCCCUUCUAUUCACAUGUAUAUAUGUUAUUUAGAGGGAAUCAGACAAAUGCCAAGCCUUUUUUUCUCUUUGAAUGUGCUGUCUAUUUUUAUAACUGAACUUGUACAUAUGUAUAAAGAGAGACACAUCUUUCUUUUACUAACUGGAGAAGAAAAUCUUAAAUAAAAUGGAGUGAGAUAAUUUUAUGUAAA